GGUAUUGGAGCAUGAUGGGAUUGGUGAGAGCUGCUGCAUGUGUGUUUCUUUUCAGGGGGAUUGCUCGUACAAACAUGGCUCAGCACAAGUUCAUUGAUAUCGGUGUGAACCUGACAGAUCCGAUGUUCAGAGGACUUUACAGAGGGAAGCAGAAACAUGACGACGACUUCAAUCAGAUAAUCGACAGAGCUCUCAAAGUCGGGGUUGAAAAGUUUAUGAUCACAGGAGGAAAUCUUGAAGACAGCAAAGAGGCCCUCAAACUAGCUGAAACCAGAGAUGAGUUCUUCUGCACGGUCGGCUGCCAUCCCACCCGCUGCAGCGAGUUUGAGCAGAACGGAGAGUCGCAGUACAUCUCAGGACUGAGGGAGCUGGCUGCAGCACACAGAGGGAAGGUGGUGGCCAUCGGAGAGUGUGGACUGGAUUUUGACAGGCUGGAGUUUUGCCCGAAAGAAACUCAACUCAAAUACUUUGAGAAGCAGUUCGACCUGGCGGAGGAGACCAAGCUGCCGAUGUUCCUCCACUGCAGAAACUCCCAUCAGGAGUUCAUCGACAUCAUGAAGAGGAACAGAGACAGAUGUGUUGGAGGAGUGGUGCACUCAUUCGAUGGAACUGCUGAGGAUGCUGCUGCCCUCGUUGACCUCGACCUCUAUAUCGGAAUAAAUGGAUGUUCCUUGAAAACAGAAGCCAACAUAGAAGCUAUGAAGUCCAUCCCCACUGAGAGGCUCAUGAUAGAAACCGAUGCUCCAUGGUGUGGUGUGAAGAACACUCACGCAGGCUCCAAACACAUUAAAACCACGUUUCCCACGAAGAAGAAAUGGGAGGCGGGGCACUGUCUGAAGGACCGGAACGAGCCCUGUCACAUCAUACAAGUUCUGGAGGUGAUGGCAGCAGCGAGGGAGGAGGACCCGAUGGAGCUGGCCAGCACAAUCUACAACAACACCAUCAAAGUCUUCUUCAGCUCCAGCUGAUGAUGAACGACUCGUGGCCUUAUAUUACUUUUUAUAUGUUUGUGUGUGUGUGUGUGUGUGUGUGUGUGUGUGUGUGUGUGUGUCUGUGUGUGUGUGUGUGUGUGUGUGUGUGUGUGUGUGUGUGUGAGCUGACCGGGGCUGCAUGAUGUAGACCAAAAACUCAUACUGUUAAUUUUCUUCCUGACACAAAUCUUGCCAUGCCGUGAUUUAUUCCCAGAUGCCUCAAAGCUGACACACAUCUGUGAGUUAAAUCAUCAGAUCGUCUGCAGCGUUCUGUUUUAUCUGCUGUGGUAGAGAACAGAGAGGAAACCAAACUUCAGUCACAUCCCAGCUUUGUUUAGAUUUUGUCACUUAUGCAGCCUCAAUGUGUAUUUGGGUAUGUGUGACUGAGUGUGUGUGUGUGUGUGUGUGUGUGUGUGUGCCUGCCGACUUGUAAUGUGCUUAGACAGCGAUGAUGUCUUAAAAGAUGCAGUUACGUUCCCUGGAAGUGUGUUAUCGGGAAACAGGGCGAGUGUUUUAGUUUAUUAACAACAAAAACGUGGAGGGACGAAAACAAAUUGAAGCUUUAAUCCGUCUGUGAGAUUAGAGAGUUUGUAGAAAGACACAUUUUUCUAACCAGCUGUUUUUGGUCUUCAUCAGCAGAGCUACAACGAUUCAUCCAUUAGUGGUCAAGUAUUUAAUUAAUCGGCAACUACUUUGAUAACUGAUUAAUCAGUUUCAGUAUUUUUUUAAUAUAAAGUCAAAAUUUCAAAUCAGCUUCUUAAAUGUGAAUAUUUCCCUCUAACAGUUGCAGCCCUGCGCUUCAUGUCUGGGCGCUCAGAACAUCGAUUGAACUCAUUCUUCAGGCCUCCAACAUUUGACUUACUUAAUCAGCCUCUGUAAAGUGUCACAGACUGAUCACAGCUCGAGUUUGUGGCUCGUUGUUCAUCAUUUUUGUCGUUAACAAACUGAAACAGAACAUUUGUGACCUGGUCCAGAGAGAGUGAAGGCAGGAGAGUGAAGCAGUUUUUCUAUCGACUCUGCACCAGCCAGAGAAAAACAGAGAGGUGUGUCUGAUUUUAAAAAAAAAUGACUUGCUACUGUAAUCACUGAUAUACCUCUAUCAUUACUUACUACUGGUCUCUUGUGUGACCUCACUUACAUUUGUGUACGUUAUUGUACAUAUAAUAAAACAAAUACGUGCACACAUUCUCCCGUAGGAUAAGAAAAGACUUUGUUUUUAAUUUGUUUUUUUUGUUUUUUUCCAACUUUCCACAUUUCUCUUUACAAGAAUCAGUAUUUAGUUUGGUUAAUUAUAAGUUCCACACCCAGAAAUGAUUGUUAGUAAUGAUCUCGCUGGUUUGGAGUAGAAGUGCAAAGCCACGUCUGAAGAGCUGUAUUCCCAAAAAAAUGCUAAGUUGUAUUGGGUGAAAGGGUUUUUUUCUUUUCUUGAUGCUCCUCAGUAAACGCCAGAAUAAUACUGUAUGAAAAGGUGCAGCAUUUCUGUUUUUAAGGAAAAAACAUCUUUGGUUUGUUCUACAUGUUGGUUAUUAGCCGUGCUGUGAGAGGUCGUGUCAGUCAGUACGUUUUGUUUCUCAUCACUGGUACAGACAGACUCUCGUUGCGUCGGGCAGCUUCUAGUCUCAGGGUCCCUCUGCACGGCUGGAAGACUACUUUCAAUAAAUUGAGGAACUUCCAGGUUUGAACGAAAUGUUAGAGAGCUGCAGAAGAGUCUGAAAACUCACUUUGCUGACUUUUUUUCUUUUUUUUUUUUGGGCUAUUUCUGAUGUUGCAUUUCAUUUUAGGUGUCAUAAUGCUGAGCUAGAAGAAGUACUGGCUCGGUUCUGUUUUCCCAGCAGCAGACGUCCUACUAAACACUGAUCCAAAAUCUUCAACUACUGGCAUGAAAGAAAAUAUUAAGCGGCCGUGUUUUCACCUUAUUUGACCGUACAGUUCGGCCUGACAGAGAUCGUCUCUAAGAAUUUGUACUAAAAAGCUUUCAAGCACAACUUCUCCAAGUAUUACAUUGUUUAGACUUCCAGAGCCUGAACGUCUUAAAGGGUUUGAAUACAAACUCCUGCUCGUUACUGUUGUAAUAACAGGUCGCAGAACGUAAGCUGUGAGAGAAUCCACAAAGUUUUGUUGGUGAGACGAAGAUGGGGUCCGGUUUGAUUAGAAAGCUGUGCUUUUUGACAUGUUUCAGCGAUGGACGGAUGAAGGACUAUGAUUAUUAGUUUGAUUGUUCUGAAAGCUUUUUAAAAGGUAAAAGCUGUUCAUUUUGCCUUUUGUUUUAAAAAGAGAUUUAUGUAAAUAAAAUCAUCUUUGAUAAUGA